AUGUCGCUUGAAGACCUUGAUGAUAUGCGCUUGCGCUUUGUUUUUGAGUACAUAUUGUGCAUGACGGAUACAAAGGUGGAAAAAUUGUUAAAGAUGAGGGAAGACACAGCUCUCAUAGAUAAAAUUACUGAUUUCUUUGAAAACCAGGAAGAGCAGUUAUUAGUAGUUGUGGCAGCAACCUCUGCGACUCUGGAGAUAUACAACGCAUUUCCCGGCGUUAUGAAGAGCAAAGGUUUCUACUUUAGGAAGAACAGUAAAAUCAGUUUUGAGAGAAACGCAGAACUUCAACAAUUAAAAGCAGGCAUAACUUGUGGGGAUUUGCAUAAAUCUCCCAUUCACCAUUUCAUUGCGUUUGUUAAUUCAGUGCUUUCUCCCUUCGUUCUUAAUGAAAAAAACCGUGAAGAUUGGCCAGAUUCACUGAAUGAAUAUAUUAAGAGGGACCUUUACAAUUUACAAAAGAAAUCUGAAUUCGUACUCGCGAGAAUGGAGGGUAAAACGUAUCUGGCUCAUCCAGUUGGACUAGACAAAUUGGUUGAUGGACAGGAUCCUGUUGCGUCAAAGGGUGAAGAUGUGAUUGGGAGCAUGAUGUACUCGAUGGAGACUGCAGUGGUGGAGUGGAGUAACCAGGUCAACGAGUGCCUAGAGCAACACUCAGGGCAACUGACCGUGGAGGGCCAGUUUCCUUUGCCCAUCCAGGAAUACGAGUUUUGGCGCCAACGUAUGACUUGCAUGCACGACAUCUACGACCAGCUCGUUCAUCCCCAGGUCAAAAAGAUGGCAAUCAUUCUGGAACAAAACGAAUCCGCCUACUCAGCCUCAUUUAAGGAAAUGUUCAAGAAAGUGGUUCGAGGUUCGUUCGAAUCUGACAGCCAAGCCGACUGUUUCGAGCUAUUAAUUUAUCGCAAAGGAUCAGAGCACCAUACAGUGUCAGGAGCUACUGUUGUUGAGUCUGAGACCAUCGUGGUCUUUUUGACUCCAUUAAUGAAUUACCUCAAUGACUUGGAAAACACUGCUUUUGAUGAGUGUAGGUCGGCCAUCCAGCCCAUUGUGCACAUGCUGGCUUUGAUUUGGGUCAACUGUCAGUACUACCGCAAAACAGAACAGAUGGUCAUUUUGAUCACUGAGAUCGGUAACCUUCUUAUACAACAGUGUCGAACAUACCUUGAUCCUUCAGAGAUAGUGAAGGAGGAACCAGAUAGUGGAAUGAAGAAAAUUAACGAAGCUCUAGACACUUUCAAUUACUUUAAGCUCGUUGUUGAUGAAUACAGAACGAACGUAAAGGAAUCCUGCAUUCAACAGGGUGUUGAACCUUCAGAAUGGGUUUUUCACUCCUCUUGGGUAUUCAGUCGUAUUGAUGCAUUCAUUCAGCGUCUUGAACUUAUAAAGAAAUUCUUUACAUGCAACACCGACUAUAAUCGCCUUGAAAAGGUUGAAGCACUUGGUGUAGUUGGUGCUACACUUUCACAACACUUGGCGAAUCUUUACAAGGAAUAUCAAGACGCAUACAAAAAUUUCACCGAUCUCAAUAUGGAUUGUCUGUCGACAGAAAAUGACGUCUUUUUGAAAAAGGUUGGCAAAUAUUUCCACGUGAUAGAAGAUUUUGACCAUCGCAUGACCACCAUCGUACUCAAGAAUUUCAGUGACUGUCCCGAUGCUGCGUCCACAUUCAAAACCAUCUUUAUGUUUGGGCCGUUGCUUUCUAGGCCAGUUAUUGCACCCAAAAUUGAUCACUGUUUCUACAAACUCAUUGAAUUUAUGCAUAGUGAUCUGGACGAGUGCAAGCUUACUUUGGACAGGCAUCUAGCCAGUCAAGAUAUGCUAAAAGAAGCUAUUUUUAAAAAUUUACCACCAGCUUCGGGGGCUAUGGCCUGGUCCAUGCAACUUCUCAGAAGAGCCGAGGCCCUUAUGAGUCCUCUUCGCCAUAUCGACCAUUUAGCUACGAAGACAGAACGUGCAGAUAAAUUGAGGCAGAAAUAUGAAGAACUUACCACUCUUCUGGCGGAUUUUCGUAAAAGAAAGCUUGACGAACUCUGUCAAUCGGCUCCUGAAAAAUGCCAAGUUAAUUUAAAACUGCCCCUGUUGAAGAGAGACCCAGGUACUCUCCUUAUGGAGGUCAAUUUCGACAAUCAGUUAAUUGAAAUUCUGCGUGAGGUACAUUACCUUCUGCAGAUGAGUGGGGAGGGCGUCUGUGAUCAAGAAAUGCCUCCUGAUUUCGAAGGACUCAUUCCAAAACCUGUGGACGAGAUCAAAGAAAAGCUUCCCUCCGAAACGCUGGAGCUCUUUGAGGAAGCCGAACCCCUUAGGGAGGCCCACCUUAAGCUAAAUCAAAUUGCUAACGCUUAUAACACCGUCCGUCAGCAUACUUACACCGUAGAAUAUCCUCUGAUUUCGACGGAAGUCGAGGCAUUCGACAAGUCACUCGCUCCUGCUUUCAAGAAUCUUACCUGGAAAAAUCACGACAUGGACUUUAUUGACUCCAACUUGGAUAUAAUAGGUGAUUUACGUGACCGUGUGCUCACAGCUCACGAGAACUUACAGAAAAUAAGCAUUCAGGCCUCGUUGUGGAAUGCUAUACCUCUGUACCAAGGCAAGGAGAGGAAGUAUGACUGCCUUAUUCCCUUGGAGGAUAGGGAAAACAUAAAAGAAUCUCGUUACCGAGAGAUGGUGGAUGCUGCCGAAAAGAUUCUCCGACUAGAAAACAUGUAUCUGUACAAAGCCAACCCUGAUUCGCCGGAGUGGAUAUCUUAUCAGGAAGCAAUGGAAGAUGUAAUUCUCGAAGGUCUAACGGAAGCGGUUCGUUGCAGUUUGGCCUACCUUUCUGACCACACGGACAAGUCAAAGACCGAAAUGCCAAUAAUGCAGGGGACACUCAUCAUUGAUAGCACUCAACUCAGAUUUACACCAGCCAUGCAAGAAGCUCAGGGUGAAAGUCUAAUGGACUUGGUGGACAGCUUGGUGCAGGACAUUACUGACCAGUCGCGCCUGGUGCCCCUACUUUCCAGCCACCCACCACUGCCGGACAUUAAAGCCGAGAUUGAGGCAGCCGAAUUGAAGGCUCAGGAAGAACUCGCCAAGGAAGCAGCAUCGCUGGAUGCCACUGCCGACUCGAAUGAAGAGGAAGGCGAAAAAGAGGGGGCAGAGGACCUAGAAAAUGCCGCUCCCCCUGAAACCCUUGUAGCUGAAAACUCACUCCAACAAAGUGGGAGCACGAUCUCUAAAGUCACAGAGGAGAGUGUCCGGAUCUCCAACACAAUUAAAGAUUGGGUUGGUUUUUCCAAUCAGGUCAUGCAAACCCCUGAAAUAGCAGACCUCAUUAUGAAAAUCACUGACCACGUUACAGCCGUAAUGCGUGCUGCAUCUGAGUACCAGGCAAAUCUUGAAUCACACUACUCGUUUUACUGGGCCGAAGAUCGGCGAGAGUUUAUUCGUCAAUUUUGUCUGUACGGAAGACUGCUGACACGAGACGACGUGGAUGGCAAUGGCGAAAUUACUGCACCAGAGAACCCACCCACCCUGGAGCAAUUUAGAGAAAUCAUUCUUCGGUAUGACAAAGUCUUUGAGGAUGUCGAAAAGCUAGAGGAUGCGCAUGUCUUUGACAACUGGAUGCGCGUUGACCUGAAGCCCUUCAAAGUGGCUUUGCUUAGCGAAAUUAGGCAAUGGAGCGAUAAGUUCAAACAGUACCUAGUCGACCAUGUAACAAAUACAUUGAGUGGUUUAAGUUCUUUCAUCCACGACAGUAAUGUCGACUUGAGCUUCGAGGGUCCCGCCGAGAAAAUUACCUAUGAUAAGUUGGUCACCAUCCUCGAGCGAUUAAAACUUAUCAGAGAAGCUGAGGAGGCGACGGACGCCGGAUUUGAGCCACUAAGGGAAACAGUUGCCUUACUGAAGGAGUUUGGUGAAGAGUUGCCCGAUUCUGUUAUUAAGCUCUUAGAAGUGCUACCAGAACAAUGGAACGAGUUGAAAAACUGCUCUGUGAUUACCAAACAGAAGAUGCAGCCCUUGCAGGAGAGGGAGGUUCAAAAUAUCCGCACGUUAAGUUCCGUCUAUGAUGAACAGGUGUCAGUAAUGCGACGCGAGUUCGCCGAAUCAAACAUUUUCCUGUAUGAAUGUCCCGACCCCUAUAAUCAGCUUGAUAAGUGGGAUGUUCGCCUAAGUGAGACGGAAGAAGGCGUGGCUGCAAUGCAGAUUUCUGCCAAGUCAUUUGAUGUUAGAGAUAUACCAAACUACGUGGACUUGAAGACUAUGAGGAGGGAAAUGAAGGCCAACAAAAAAAUGUGGGAUUUGGUUCAUACUUUCAAGAGCUAUGUAACCUCGUGGAAAACUCAGCUUUGGAAGGCUGUUGACUUUGAAACAAUUGAAGAUGUUAUUCGCGACGUUUCCUUGGAGCUGCGGGCAGUUGAUAAGGAUGUCAAACGGUGGUCAGUUUUUAAGGGCUUGGAGGCCGCCUUGAAGGACAUAGGGGCUUCGGUGUCUGCUGUCAGUGACUUGCAAAAUCCCGCUGUCAAGGAUCGCCACUGGGUGGAACUCAUGCAGGAGACUGGUGCUGUAAUUGACAUCAGCGACGACACCACACUAGAAGCCCUCCUUUCCCUGAAUUUACACAAAUACGAAGAUGAGGUGCACGGAAUCGUCUCAAAGGCGUCGAAUGAACAGAAAAUUGAGGGCGAUCUUGCAAAGAUUGAGUCCAUCUGGAAGAACAUGUUUUUCGAAUAUGAAACCCACGAACGCACUGGACUGCUUUUGCCCAAACAGACAGAAACUCUCACAACAAUUCUUGAAGAAACCCAAGUCAAAGUACUCGACAUGAUGGCUAAUAGAGACAAUGCAUACUCAAUUGUUAAAAUUACUUACUGGAACAAGAUAUUAUUCACUGCUGACAAAGUUCUUACCUUGUGGUUUGAGACUCAGCGUGUUUGGUCGGGUCUUGAAGCCAUUUUUGUCCUCUGCGAAGAUAUCCAAGAACAAAUGCCUAAAGACGUUGAUCUGUUUUUUGCUCACGAUAAGGAAUUCCGAAUUCUGAUUCAAGAAAUGGCAAAGAAGCCCAAAAUCAUCGAAGCCACAACGAGUCAGCCAGAGCUAUUUGAUAACAUCCAAGCUGUUCGUGAUGGCUUUUUCUUUUGUGAAAAGGCAUUAGCCGUCUAUUUAGAGGCCAAACGACUGGCCUUCCCGCGCUUCUACUUUGUUUCCCAGGCCGACCUUAUGGAUAUUGUGAGCAAAGGAAAAAUGCCCGAGAAGGUGUUUAAGCAUUUAUCCAAGCUUUUUGAUAGCAUUUGUAAUCUCAAAAUCUCCAAAUCCGGAACUACCUUAACCGCUCACAAGAUGGAGGCUAAGGACGGUGAGAUUGUCAAAUUCCUUUCUGCCUUUACAUUAGUCGGCCAAGUUGAGCAGUGGCUGGAUCGCCUUCUAAGCGAAAUGGUUCAUACUCUGAGGCUGACACUUGCAGAUGCAGUAGCGGCAUAUGAAGAAAAACCUCGUGACCAGUGGAUCUUUGACUAUCCUGCACAGAUCGCUCUUACGGGUUCUCAAAUAGGCUGGACUGCAGAGGUCAAUAUAGCAUUCGCUCGCCUUGAAGAAGGUCUUGAAAACGCAAUGAAGGAGUACAAUAAGAAGCAGGUAAACUCCCUCGGAACCCUGAUUGAAAUGCUGCUGACAGAUCUGACCCCUGGAGACCGACAGAAAAUCAUGACGCUCUGUACCAUCGACGUGCACAACAGGGAUGCCGUCUCAAAACUAAUCUCCAUGAAAGUAGACAGCUCCAAGGCAUUUGCGUGGCUUUCUCAGCUUCGGGUGAGGUGGGAUGAACACAAGAAGGAAUGCUUCAUCAACAUCUGCGACGCCGAGUUUGCCUACGCACAUGAAUACCUAGGAUGCACGCCACGUCUAGUAGUUACACCGCUCACUGAUCGAUGUUACAUAACCCUAACACAGUCACUUCAUCUCUGCAUGAGCGGGGCACCGGCCGGGCCCGCAGGAACUGGCAAGACUGAGACGACGAAGGACCUGGGAAGAGCUCUCGGUAUCAUGGUCUAUGUCUUCAACUGCUCUGAACAGAUGGACUACAAAUCUGUUGGUAACAUAUACAAAGGCCUCGCUCAGGCCGGAGCUUGGGGCUGUUUUGAUGAGUUCAAUCGCAUUGCUGUCGAAGUCCUUUCUGUUAUUGCAGUGCAGGUCAAGUCCAUUCAGGAUGCCAUCAAAACGCGAAAAGUCACCUUUGACUUUUUGGGUGAAGUCAUUCCACUAAAACCAGCUGUUGGCCUGUUUAUCACCAUGAACCCAGGCUACGCCGGUCGAACCGAGCUUCCUGAAAAUCUGAAGGCACUUUUCCGGGAAGUCCCUUGUGCCAUGGUCGUCCCGGAUUUCGGCUUGAUCUGCGAAAUCAUGUUGGUGGCUGAGGGUUUUCUGAGUGCUCGCGUCCUAGCUCGCAAAUUCAUUACGCUGUAUGAGUUGUGUAAAGAGUUGCUCUCCAAGCAGGACCACUAUGAUUGGGGUCUUCGAGCCAUCAAAUCAGUCUUGGUUGUCGCUGGAUCCCUGAAAAGAAACAAUCGCGACAUGGCUGAAGACGCCGUACUUAUGCGAGCUCUUCGCGACUUCAACACCCCUAAGAUUAUCACCGACGACCUGCCUGUAUUUCUAGGUCUGAUUAAGGACCUAUUUCCUGCUCUUGAAGCGCCAAGAAAGAGGAAUCUUAAGCUUGAAGAGGACGUUAAGAAGGCUACCGAAGACCUUGGCUUGCAAACGGAGGAAGCAUUCAUCUUAAAGGUUGUGCAAUUGGAUGAGUUGUUUGCCGUGCGCCACUCCGUCUUCAUUGACGGCAGCGCCGGAGCCGGAAAGAGCGAAGUGUGGCGCACCCUGCACCACACCCACCAAAUGAACGGCAGGACGCCAACCGCAAUCGAUCUAGACCCCAAAGCUGUCACUAACGACGAGUUGUUUGGCAUUAUUAAUCCUGCUACAAGAGAGUGGAAAGACGGUCUCUUCUCUACAAUCAUGCGUGACAUGGCAAACCUCACGCAUACUGGUCCCAAGUGGAUUGUUCUUGAUGGCGAUAUUGAUCCCAUGUGGAUUGAAUCUCUGAACACAGUCAUGGACGACAACAAGAUCCUUACAUUGGCCAGUAAUGAACGUAUUCCUUUAACACCAACAAUGCGGCUCCUAUUUGAAAUUAGUCAUUUGAAAACGGCCACACCUGCCACCGUCUCACGGGCUGGCAUCCUCUACAUUAAUGCUAGUGACCUAGGCUGGUUACCGUAUGUGCACAGUUGGUUGGAUUCCCGUGUGAAGGAAAAUAAAGUUCUUUCGAGAACUGAACGUCCAGCUUUGUCAAUUUGCUUUGAUAAAUACGUUGGCCCCUGCCUGGAGGUUUGCAAUACCAAGCUAAAAAAGAUCACUCCUAUACCAGAUCUGGCGCACGUCAAUAUGCUGUGUUAUUUGCUAGAGUGUAUGCUAGACACCCAGAAGAAUUCAAAAGAUCACCGUGAGUUUACAAAAGAAAAUUACGAAAGUCUGUUCUGCUUCUGUUGUGUUUGGGCCAUGGGAGGAGCUCUCUUUAAGGAUCAAAUGGGCGAUCACAGACAUGAAUUCCACAAGUGGUGGAUCAAUGAAUUUAAGACAGUCAAAUUCCCUUCAUCGGGAACAGUCUUCGAUUUUUACUGGAACUUAACGAGCCGUAAAUUUGAGCCUUGGAGUUCACUGCUAGAACCCUACGUAAGGGACCCUGAUCAGCCUCUGCAGAAUUGCCUCGUUCCUACCGGUGAGACCAUUCGUACGCGAUAUUUCCUGGACAAACUGGUGCAUUUGGGGAAACCAGUAAUGCUUGUCGGAGGCGCGGGAACGGGCAAAUCAGUUCUCCUUCAGGACCUGUUUUCACAUCUCUCAAUCGACGUUUUCAUGGUGAAGAAUAUCUCUUUUAACUUUUACACUACCAGCUUGAUGCUACAAGAAAUUCUUGACAAAAGCCUUGAGAAAAAGGCGGGAAAGAAUUAUGCACCACCUGGUCAGUUUCGAAUGAUCUACUUCAUCGACGACCUUAACAUGCCAGAAGUUGAUCAAUACUUUACUGUGCAGCCGCAUACUUUAAUGCGUCAGCACAUUGACUACAAACAUUUCUAUGACCGCACGAAGCUAACUCUGAAGGUGGUUCACAAAACCCAGUAUGUGGCAGCAAUGAACCCGACCGCUGGUAGUUUCACCAUCCAAGACCGUCUACAGAGACACUUCUGCACAUUUGCUCUCUCCUUCCCAGAUGAAGAAGCCGUGAAGUCCAUAUACGCAACUAUUCUCAGCCAGCAUCUCAAAUCAGCUGGCAUGGCUGCCACUAUGAUGCGGGUUGUGCCUAAUUUAGUCGCCGCUGCGAUCGCCGUUCACAACAAGAUAACCACUAGCUUCCUGCCUACUGCGGUCUGCUUCCACUACGUCUUCAAUCUCCGAGAUCUUUCCAACAUAUUUCAGGGCAUGCUCUUCUCCGAGGCAGAAGUUUUCCGCAGUGAUUUGAGCAUUGUGCGCCUCUAUCGCCAUGAGGCAAUGAGAGUUUAUUCAGAUAAGAUGGUCAGCAAACUAGAUAUUAACCAAGCAGUAAAUAUUAUCACCAACGGACUCACUAGCACAUUCACAGAGAUUUCAACCGAGGAUAUUACUAACGAACCGAAUCUCCUAUGCCACUUUGGCCGGGGUAUAGAGGCAGAUAAGCAGUACGCCGAAAUCCCCUCGAUGGAGCACAUGACAAGAGUUCUUGUUGAGAGUCUUGACAUCUACAACGAGUCAAAUGCUACCAUGAAUCUUGUUCUUUUCGGAGAUGCUGUAGAACAUGUAAUGCGCAUCACGAGAAUAUUGGAAAUGCCCAGAGGCAAUUGCCUCCUUGUCGGUGUGGGGGGUUCGGGGAAACAGUCCCUGUCCCGUCUUGCUUCCUUCAUUGUUGGAUUUGAAGUUUCUCAGAUUGUGCUAAGAAGAAAUUACAGUAUGAUUGACUUGAAGGCGCACCUGGCUACUUUGUAUAUUAAAGCAGGUCUCAGGAGUAUGCCUGUCGUUUUCCUAAUGACAGAUGCACAGGUGGCAGAUGAAAGUUUCCUGGUGUGCGUUAAUGACUUUUUGGCCUCUGGUGAAAUUUCUGGUCUUUUUAAUGAUGAAGAUCAGGACAACAUUAUCAAUGGCAUCCGCAGCGAGGCCAAGGCAAUGGGUUACAACGAAAGCAAUGAUAGUUGUUGGAAGUAUUUUAUCGAAAAGGUUCGCCGAACCCUUCGGAUGGUUCUAUGCUUCUCGCCUGUGGGAAAUACUCUGAGAACUCGUGCUCGCCGUUUCCCAGCUUUGGUCACAUGUACCUGUAUCGACUGGUUCCAUGAAUGGCCUCAGGAGGCGCUCUUGUCCGUUUCAUUACGCUUCCUCGAAGACUGUGAAGGGUUGGAAGACGACAUCCGCGAAUCUGUAAGCGAGUAUAUGGCAUACUUGCACACGACAGUAUCGGAGGUCUCCGAGAUGUACUUUGAAAAGGAGCGCCGUAGAAAUUAUACCACACCGAAAUCCUUCCUCGAGAUGAUUUCCCUUUACAAACGCCUCAUCUCUAAUCAACUUCACGAGGUUCAAGCUAUGAUCGAGCGCUUGAAUAACGGUCUUGAACGUCUUAAUGAUGCUGCCGCCCAAACGGCUGAUCUCAAGAUCCAACUUGCUGAGCAGACUGUGGUUGUGAAAGAAAAGAACGAAGCUGCAAACGCUCUUGUCGAAACUGUUAGCAAGGAGACUGAAAUUGUCAUGACCGAGAAAGAUUUCGUGGCUGGUGAAGAGGCCAAAGUGGCUGUUAUUAAAAAUGAAGUCGAGAUUAAACAGAAAGAUUGUGAACGCGACCUCAUGAAGGCCGAACCAGCACUGGUAGCAGCACAAGAGGCUCUGAAUACAUUAAACAAAAACAACUUGUCCGAGUUGAAGGCUCUUGGUUCACCCCCUGCCGACGUCGAAAUGGUCUGUUCGGCAGUUAUGGCUCUGUUUGCCAUGGACGGAAAAGUGCCAAAAGAUCGCAGCUGGAAGGCGGCGAAAGCGAGCAUUAUGUCUAAGGCAGACACCCUGCUGUUUAACCUAGUCAACUAUGACAAGGAGCACAUUCACCCUGAGUCAAAAAAGGUGGCUCUUGGCUACGUGAAGAAUCCCAACUUCAAUCCUGAGGUCAUUAAGACCAAGUCCCUUGCCGCAGCUGGUCUCUGUUCAUGGGUUAUCAAUAUCCUUAAAUUCCAUGACGUCUUUCUAGAAGUCAAACCCAAACGCGAUGCUUUAGAUGCCGCGAAUGAGGAACUACGCCAGGCUUCGGAGAAAUUGCAAGGUUUACAGGACAAAGUGAGGGUGCUUGAAGAGUCAUUAGGCAAAUUGACCGCCGAAUUUCGUGCUGCGACUGAGGAGAAACUACGCUGUCAAAAAAUGGCCGAUGAUACUGCUUUAACUCUGGAUUUGGCAAACCGCCUUGUUAGCGGUUUCGCUUCUGAGAAUGUACGUUGGGCCCAGGAGGUCAAAAAUCUUUUCAAGCUAGGUGAAACAAUAUGUGGCGACGUCAUAUUUACGACAUCCUUCAUAUCAUACUUUGGUUAUCUCAGUACAUUUUUCCGUGACGAAUUAAUGGAAAGACGAAUUCGACCUUUCCUUGAUCAGCAAAAGGUGCAAAUUCCACGCCGACAGAAUAUUGAUCCGCUUAAGAUGCUGAUUAAUGAUGCAAUUGUGGCAGGGUGGAACAAUGAGGGUCUACCCAGUGAUCGAAUGUCAACCGAAAACGCUACGAUCUUGACUUUCUGUGAACGAUGGCCAUUGAUGGUUGAUCCUCAGCUUCAGGCCAUAAAGUGGAUCAAAACAAAGUAUGGUAAUGAACUUGUAGUAACUCGUCUUACACAAAAGGGAUUUAUUGACGAGAUAAUUCGUGCCAUUGAGAAUGGUCAGGUCGUGCUCAUUGAAAAUCUUGGUGAGACCAUAGAUGCAAUUUUGGAUCCAGUUAUUGGUCGUGUCACGAUUCAAAAAGGCAAAUUAAUGCUAAUUGGUGAUAAGGAGAUUAGGUACAAUCCCAAUUUCAAGCUUAUUCUUCACACUAAGCUUGCCAACCCCCACUACCAGCCUGAGUUGCAGGCUCAAACCACUCUUAUCAACUUCACUGUCACCAGAUCUGGUUUAGAAGACCAGCUUCUGGCUGUUGUUGUAAGCAAAGAACGUCCUGAUCUUGAGAAACUUAAGUCGGAUCUGACUAAACAGCAGAACGAAUUUAAGAUUGCCCUUAAAACUCUUGAAGAUUCUUUGUUAGCGAAGCUGGCGGCUACCGGCGGUAACUUUCUGGGCGAUCAUUCCCUAGUAGAAAAUUUAGAGACAAAUAAACGGACGGCGACUGAAAUUGAGGAAAAGGUAGCCGAAGCUAAGGUAACCGAAGUUGAAAUUAACGUUGCGCGUGAGCACUAUCGCAAUGUGGCCAGCAGGGCGGCUCUCAUUUACUUCAUCAUGAAUGACUUGAACCGAAUUCAUCCAAUGUAUCAAUUUUCACUGAAGGCCUUCCGUACAGUAUUUGAGUGGGCUAUUGAUACUGCUCCAGAGGCUGAGACAGAGGAAGAAAGACUUAUGAAUCUUAUGGACAAUAUUACAUAUUCCAUCUACGUUUACACCACGAGAGGUCUUUUUGAAAGAGACAAACUCAUUUUCUGUGUACUUAUGGUUCUACAGGUCCAACAAAAUUCUGGAGACUUCCCUCAGUUCCUCAUCGAUUUUCUUUUACGUUAUCCAGCAGUGCCUGAUCUUAAAAGUCCCGUAGACUUCCUUAGUGAUCUUAGUUGGGGAGGUGUGCAGGCCCUGGUACGUAUCGAUAAUUUUCGUGACCUGGAUAAGGACAUUGUAGCAUCCGCUAAACGCUGGAAGGCCUUUGUGGACACCGAAGCACCUGAAAAAGAGAAACUCCCUCAGGAGUGGAAGAAUAAGUCAGAAGCAGAAAAACUUUGUAUCAUGCGUGCAUUAAGACCUGAUCGUAUGACAUACGCACUUGUUUACUUCAUCUCAACAACCUUUGGUGCUAAAUAUGUGGAAGGUCGCCAAGUGGACUUCGCCACAUCCUACAAAGAGUCAAAGCCAAAUGUUCCUGUCUUCUUCAUUCUUUCACCCGGUGUGGACCCUUUAAAGGAUGUGGAAGUACUGGGGCGCAAGCUCGGUUUCUCCGUGGACAAAAAUAACUUUCACAAUGUCUCCCUGGGACAGGGUCAGGAGGUCGUGGCUGAAAAUGCGCUCGAUCUGGGAGCGGUAGAAGGUCAUUGGGUUGUAUUACAAAAUAUCCACCUGGUCAAACGAUGGUUGCCAACGCUAGAAAAGAAAUUAGAACAACUGGGUGAAGUGUCUAAUCCGAAAUUCCGCAUUUUUAUCAGUGCUGAACCCGCGGCCACUGCAGACACACACAUAAUUCCACAGGGUAUUCUGGAGAAUGCUAUCAAAAUCACAAAUGAGCCCCCUACCGGCAUGCAGGCAAAUCUUCACAAGGCCCUGGAUAAUUUUACACAGGAAACAUUGGAACGCUGUUCCAAGGAGGCGGAAUUCAAACCGAUUUUGUUUGCCCUUUGCUAUUUCCACGCUGUUGUGACAGAACGAAGAAAGUUUGGUGCGCAAGGCUGGAACAGAUCUUAUCCCUUUAGCUCAGGCGAUUUACGGAUUUGCCUUGAUGUGUUAUACAAUUACCUUGAAUCCAGUACAAAAGUUCCGUGGGAGGAUUUGCGUUACCUCUUUGGUGAGAUCAUGUACGGAGGUCAUAUCACCGAUGACUGGGACAGAAGACUGUGCAAAACCUUCCUUGAGGAGUAUCUGCAACCCGAAUUAAUUGAUGGAGAUCUCUACUUAGCGCCGGGUUUCCUAGUCGCUCCGAACUCAGACUACGUCGGUUAUCAUGCUUACAUCGAUGAUGCCUUGCCACCAGAAUCUCCGCACCUUUACGGACUUCAUCCAAAUGCGGAGAUCGAAUUCCUUACGAAGAAUGCAGAACGAGUCUUCCGAAUGGUGCUUGAGCUGCAACAACGUGACUCUUCCGGUGGUGGUGGUGAGUCCAUUUCACGGGAGGAGGCCUUGCUCCAGAUCAUAGAAGACCUCACGGAGCGGCUGCCGGACAACUUCAACAUGGCCGAACUGGGCGCUCGCCAGGCCCCUGAUGAACGCACGCCGUACACAGUGGUCGCUCUGCAGGAAUGCGAACGUAUGAACAUUCUCCUUGCGGAAAUUCGACGGUCUCUGAAGGAGCUCCGACUUGGCCUGCGGGGGGAGUUGACUAUGUCAGGCGAUAUGGAUAUACUGGCUGGACACCUUUUCCUCGAUUCAGUGCCAGAGACCUGGGAACGUUACGCAUAUCCCAGCCUUUAUCCUCUGGGUCUGUGGUUCGCCGAUAUGCUGUCUCGUGUAAAGGAAUUGGACAUCUGGGUGCAAGACUUCAAUUUGCCCGGUUCAGUCUGGCUUGGCGGUCUCUUUAACCCGCAGUCCUUCCUCACGGCUGUGAUCCAGCAGACUGCGCGCAAGUUUGAGUGGCCAUUGGACAAGAUCUGUAUCAAUGUAGAGGUUACCAAGAAAUGGCGUGACGACAUGGGUUCGGCUCCACGUGAGGGGGCCUAUGUCCACGGUCUCUACAUGGAAGGCGCACGGUGGGACAUGGCAGCCAACUCUGUGGUCGAAUCGCUUAUGAAGGAGCUUUCACCUCCUGUGCCCGUGAUCAUGCUGCGGGCGGUGCCUGCCGAUCGCCAGGAAGGUCGAUUAGCCGCCCUCUAUGCCUGCCCCGUCUACAAAACCAAGAUGCGUGGACCCACAUUUGUGUGGACCUUCCAUCUGAGAACUAAGGAGAAACCGGCCAAGUGGAUCAUGGGCGGCGUUGCUUUGUUGUUCCAAGUGUAA